GUUUACCAUCAUUUUGGAAAUGCAACAGUAGGGCCUCCUGACCCAUAUUCAGAAGUUCGAUGCAGUGUGUGCCUUGUUACGACCGAUGAAAGUCUUCUACUUCUAUGUGAUCUUUGCGACUCUGCUUCUCAUACGUACUGUGUUGGUCUGGGUGCCACUGUACCUGAGGGUGAUUGGUUUUGCCAAGACUGUACUUUGUUGAGGGCUGAACAUUCCAAGAAUGAUAUUGAUACCAAAUAUGAGAGUCAAGCUAGUUUUUGGGACAUCCAUAAAGUGUCAUCUGUUGAAGAACGUACGUCAGUGUUUGAUAUUGUACGAGAAGCCAGCAUUACUGAGGUUGGGAGAUCUUCUACAACAGCCUCUCGACUUCCAAGUCAGUUUCCAUCUUUUGUAGUCUCUGAAAGCGGAGUUAUUCUACCAGACAACGUGACUGGGCCAGAUACAGGAACGCAAUCAAGGGUUGCAUGUAAUUCAACUGAGGUGGCUGCAAGAACACUGGGUCAUUGUCGCAGUGUGCAUGAUCGGAUAAGAACGUUACGUGCAAAUUGGAAUGCUUUUAGAAGUGGCUCCUUGAGCUUCUCUUGCAGCUCAGUUAAUAAUGGGGACUGCACUGACCAAAAAAGUGACACUGGUUCCGUACUUCGUGGCAGAUCAGGUCAAACACAUCCUGCAUCUUACUCAAGUCCGCAAUUGACAGCUGAAAAGGAUUCUUCCUGUGAUAUGCUACAUAAUAGAGGCUCACUUGAUGUAGACAAAGCUUGGAAAAUGAUGGCUGUUGCAAAGUCCUUAAAUCAAGGUCGUGGCGAAUCCAGCAUGGCUCAUCAGGCCUUAAAGCAGCCUUCAACGAAAGUAAAUUCCCUCAAAGAACCAAUGAAAAGGACAUCAAGGAUUCUUCCGUUGAAUAACAAACAAUUUAGGACUAGGAAUCUUGGUGGCAUUGGACCAGAAAAGCAUUACCAGUAUUAUUCUCUUCAACAGGACGACGAUGGGCAAAAAUCUCAAAUGUUUCAAAAUUUUAAACAGCACAAGGUUACCAUGAGGGGGGUUCCAAAAUUUGGUGAGGGUUCCCCAACGACUUGCUCUCCAGGAUAUGGUGAGUUACCAUCUUCUAAGAACCGUAUUUCAGCUCACACAGAUGCUCGUCAUUGUGAUGGGGAACUACUGGUGGAGAAUAUGCGUGGAGCUCCGUCGAAUGAUUUUAAUGAGUGUGGUGGACCUUGUACGAAUUCUCCAAUUGCAUCAUUGCCAGUAGCUUUAAAUAUUUCUCAUCCCAAACUGGAGCUUUGUGCCUCUUCCUCGUCGAGCAAGACGAAACCUCAUGGGGGAAAACGGAGGAAAGAAAAAUGUUUUGCUAAAAGUAAAGCUAUGAGAGAUGACGCCAAGAGCGAGAUUCAAUCUCUUGUCAAGCUCAACUUGAAGCUUCUUGGUGGAUAUAAAUUAGAAGUUGGUGCGUUCAAGGAAGUUGCAAGGCUUGCUACGCAUUCUAUCUUGGCUUCGUGCGGUUUAGAACAUCUAAAGCCUGGUGUCCCUUCCUUCCCGAGCUCGGUCUGCUACCAUGGCAAUGAUAUUCGGCCAUUCCGAAGGUCCACUUUGAUGCCUGGUUCGUGCAGAGAAUGCUUUUAUGUAUUUGUGAAAGAUGUUGUCAACUCCAUCAUGCUUCAGAGAGCUGGUGGUGCUGAAAUGUCAUGCUAAGGGCUUUUUUUUAUUUUGGGUUGAUGGCUGGUUGCUAGGGUAUAUCCAAGUCAAUGAUAAUGUUAUUCUUCUCUGAUUUUGGGCAAUUUGCUUAUUGUUGCAGUUUUAUACAAGUUGUUGAUGAUGUCACUCGACUGUUGCCCCUUUCUUUGAUAAUCUUUUUUGUACAUUUUGGGCGGUGGGGGUUUUGUUGGGUUGUUUAGGUUCAGCUCAGAUGGUAGUUUUACUUCUACUUUUUGUUGGUAGGUAAAAAAAAUUAUUGUUCUUCUCUGUACACUGUUGAUAGAUUAUAAAUUGUC